ACAUUCCAAGUUUAACAGUGUGGUCCUAAGCAUCUAACCAUUAAAUGGGUGAUAGAUUAAAUACAAUAGGGUAUUAUAGGUGGUUGAUAUAUUUAUUCAGCUUCACGAAUUUGGACAAAAUUUAAUUUCUUUUUUCAAAAGAAAUCUUUUAAUUGUAAAUAUUUAUUCUAAAGUAUUAAAACUGUUGCUAAUUAUUUUCGUUAAUUAGCCGGUUAAAUUUACCAAAUAGUUUCUACUUAAUUAAUAUUUUAAAAACUCAACAUGCUGCAUUUCAAGUCGAUCCCAGAAGACUACAUCAGGAAAACUGCCCAAUGUGCUCAAGUGGCGCUGGCGUGCAGCCGCGCUGCGCACCAGUCCGCGCUGCGCGGCGCCGCCAAGCUCAACCCUGAGCUGGCUGCACUGUCCCCGAAGGUUCGUGCGUUCGUGGAGCGCAGCGCGGCGCUGUGCCAGCCGGAGCAGGUGCACGUGUGCGACGGCUCCGAGGCCGAGGCCGGCGCGCUGCUGGCGCUCAUGCAGCAGCAGGGCACGCUGAGGAAGCUGCCCAAGUAUGACAACUGCUGGCUGGCUCGCACGGACCCUGCCGACGUGGCGCGCGUGGAGUCCCGCACUUUCAUCUGUUCGGACAAGGAGCGCGACGUGGUGCCCGCCGCUCGAGCUGGACAGAAGUCUGCGCUGGGCAACUACAUCUCCCAUGGAGACUAUGAUGCCGCUAUCAAUGAACGCUUUCCUGGGUGCAUGAAGGGUCGCACCAUGUACGUGAUACCGUUCUCGAUGGGUCCCGUUGGGUCUCCGCUGUCCAAGAUCGGUGUGGAGAUCACCGACUCGCCCUACGUCGUCUACUCCAUGAGGGUCAUGACCAGGAUCGGAAGCAAAGUCUUGGAGCUUCUCCGCAAGGACGAGAGCUUCGUGCGAUGCCUCCAUUCGGUGGGCAAUGGCAGUGCUACCAAGGGCUGGCCCUGCGACCCCAAAAACACCAUCAUCCUGCAUCGCCCCAGCGACGGGGAGAUUGUCAGCUAUGGCAGCGGCUACGGCGGCAACAGCCUGCUCGGCAAGAAGUGCUUCGCGCUGCGCAUCGGCUCCGGGAUCGCGCGCCGCGAGGGCUGGCUCGCCGAGCACAUGCUGAUCGUCGGCAUAACAGACCCUCAGGGUCGCAAGCGCUACAUCGCGGCGGCGUUCCCUUCAGCCUGCGGGAAGACCAACCUGGCCAUGAUGACGCCGUCCCUGCCCGGGUACAAGGUCGAGUGUGUCGGAGACGACAUCGCCUGGAUGAAGUUCGACAAAAACGGAGUCUUGAGGGCUAUUAACCCGGAAAACGGAUUCUUUGGUGUUGCUCCAGGAACGUCUGAAGCGACAAACCCGAUCGCCAUGUCUACCGUCUUCAAAAACACAGUGUUCACGAACGUGGCUGAGACGAAGGAUGGCGGUGUGUGGUGGGAGGGAAUGGGGAACGCCCCUGAAAACCUGACCGACUGGAAGGGACAACCCUGGACCCCGGCGUCGAAGACUCCAGCUGCUCAUCCUAACUCUAGAUUCUGCACACCAGCAGCACAGUGCCCCAUCAUUGACAGCGAGUGGGAAAGUGCUGAAGGAGUUCCAAUUUCGGCUAUUUUGCUCGGAGGACGCCGCCCUGAAGGAGUACCUCUGGUUGUUGAGGCUAGAGAUUGGCAACAUGGAGUUUUUAUGGGAGCUUCCAUGCGAUCUGAAUCUACUGCUGCCGCAGAGCACAGCGGUAAAGUGAUCAUGCACGAUCCGUUCGCCAUGCGGCCAUUCUUCGGCUACAACUUCGGCGAGUACCUCAGCCACUGGCUGUCGAUGCCCAAGCCAGGACGCCAAAUGCCUAAGAUCUUCCAUGUCAACUGGUUCCGCAAGAAUGAACAGGGCAAGUUCCUUUGGCCAGGAUUUGGUGAUAACUCCCGUGUGAUCGACUGGGUCCUCCGCCGGUGCGACGGUGAGGAGAUUCACCAGGAAACUCCCCUAGGCUACGUUCCGAGAGACGGCUGCUUGAACACAGAGGGCCUAGGCGCAAUCGACAUGAAGCAGCUAUUCAGUAUUCCUCAAGACUUCUGGAUGAAGGAAGCGGACGCUAUCGAAAAGUAUUUCAAAGAAGAAGUAGGAGAAGAUCUACCAAAGGAAAUGUGGGAAGAACUCAACAAACUCAGGAAGAACAUCAAGUCAUAAGAUCUUAUAAUCAUAAUUGUUUUUUAUCUAUCAUGAUCGUAAGGAAUUAGAUUUUUCCAUUUUGCAACUGAAAUUCUUUAAAAUGAUUUGCAAUUUAAUUCUUGAAUGUAUUUAUUAAACUUAAGUUAGGUAUCUUACUUUUAGAAAAAUAUGUUUUAUUGAUAUUAUUAUAUAGACAACCUUAAGGCUGUGUUUAUUUAAGUUUUAACUGUGACAUAAUCUGUUUAUCUCUAUUUUACAAAUCAAAGCUUUCCAAUUGUUAUUUUAUAGAUUAAUAAUGUUUACGUAGGUAUUUAUAAAAUUAAAUAUAAAAAGAAAA